GAAUGGGUUUGACCCUUAUUGCGCAGCUUCUCAUUAACGCACACGCGGAGGUCAACAAGCAAGAUGCUGAUGGGAUGACCCCACUUCAUGUGGCUGUCUCCAGGGACCACACCAAAAUGACAGAAACGCUCAUCAAAGCUGGUGCACAAGUCAACAUUAAGGAUGAGACUGGAGGAACUGCACUUGCUGAGGCUGUACUCAAGGAAAACACACAUAUAAUCAAGCUGCUGUUGGAUGCUGGUGCAGACAUAUCAGUGCUAGACAGGGAUACCCAGGCAGAUCUAAUAAACCGUGGUCUUGCAUCUCAGGAUGCCAUUAUAGAACUAAGUCAAGAUCUAAACAAUUUAACAACUGACAUGGAGAUGUGAAGACGUGAUAAGCAGACCUGAACAAAAACCAGAUUCCAAAUCAGAUCAGAAGAUAAUUCCCAGAAGACUGAAGAAACUCGUCAGAAAAUGCAGAAUGGAUUGCAAAAAGGAUCAUGGAUUUGUGUAUCUACAGAAGACAUAAAACAGGAUCUUCUUUCUACAGAUUACCAUCUACUGUAGCAAGCAAUAUUUACAUUGGGUUCUUGACCAGAAAUGUCAUGUAAUACAACCUGCCUUCAGCUAUUCACCAUAUGUGCUGCUCAAGAGAAAUAAGUAAUACAUAAAAUGCCUGCAUUGAAUUUGCAGGAGCAAUGGGCAAUAUUGCUGUUGUCUGUGAAGUUUAUUUUUCCCUACUGAAGUUGAACAUAACGUAGAAAAAAAAUACAACUGUGGACAAUUUAUUUGAACAGCCUCCGUCAUUCUGCAUAAAACACCUUUGUUGUUUUAUCAACCCUUGAUGAGAAACAAAUUGAUGUGUCCUUAUAACCACUGCCUAAGAAACACUAAGGAAUCGGUGCCUUACAACAUUGAUAUUCUAAAUCUGGCAUAAAAAUCCUUUGAAAUGCAUUUUUAAAGCUUCCAAAUUGGGUUGUUUUUCACUUGUAUGUGUCGAAACAAGUGGUGUGUAUAAGAAAGAAAAACUAUUUUUCAUUUAUGUUUGUGGACUUUGUCCACUUUGUAUUGUGGACUUUUAUCCACUUUGUAGUCUCCAUG